AGAUGGUCCUUGCUGCAGAACCUAAAAUCCAGGGUGGAGCUGAUCCAGAACUCUUUGAGAUGUUCUUCUAUACGCUUAUCCCCAACCCCUAAACCCUAACCCCCUGUACAAUACUGUACAGAGCUCGACUCAACCCAGAUAGAAAGCGCUGGAUCAGAUCUGACUCAAUCUCAUGGACGUUUUGUUCUGCAGUGAGGGGCACUUGGGGAGCUCUGGGCACUUGGGGAGCUCUGGGUGCUUGGGGAGCUCUGGGCACUUGGGGAGCUCUGGGUGCUUGGGGAGCUCUGGGUGCUUGGGGAGCUCUGGGUGCUUGGGGAGCUCUGGGUACUUGGGGAGCUCUGGGCGCUUGGGGAGCUCUGGGUACUUGGGGAGCUCUGGGCACUUGGGGAGUUCUGGGCACUUGGGGAGCUCUGGGUACUUGGGGAGCUCUGGGUACUUGGGGAGCUCUGGGUUCUGGAAACCGGGUUACACACACUGUGCUUAUCCAUUUCUACACAUCUAAUGUUUUAGCUAGCUCAGAAUCAAUAGCUUUGGAUGCGCUUUGUGCGCAUUCACCUAUAGACUCGGAAGUGCUGUAAAUAUUACUAGGAUUCAAAUCUUUACUUCCAGCGUAGCAUAUGGCACCCUGACUUCGAACUUCAGAUCAACAUAGAGGGUCGUUUUCUAUCUCUUUUCUUCUUAUUACCAAUUUAAGACUCAGCGGAGGAGGUUAGAGCGUAACUCUCUUCCUGUCAUACUGCUGAAAAGCCACCAUUACCCCCUUCACCCACAGCGCUGCUGUUAAUGCGAAUGUGCACUUUGUCGCCAUAAACACUGCAGCACUGAUUAUAUGGGAGGCCACAUAAAUGUACGGUACCAGUGAGACGUACUGAAUGGCUGAUCUGUCAGUAGAACUCUUGGCUUUACCAGCACUCUUAAUAUAAAAAAGGGAAAGAAAUGGAUAUGCUUAUCCGAGAGUUAUCCUGGUUGUUUAUAUUAAGCUAUCUGAGUCAGGCUCCUUAUUUAGAAUCGAAUGCUCUGCUGAGCUUCAUCCUCUCUAUCGCCCCUCUCUCUCUCUCUCUCUCUGUCUCUCUCUCUCUCUCUCUCUCUGUAUCUCUUUCAGUCUCUAUCAUUCUCUCACUUUUGCAUGGAGGUCUCAUGCUUACAUAAGCCUUCCUCAUCUACAUCUUGCUCUGUCUGCUUCUCUCUUUUUUUGUCUUUCUUGCUCUGUGUAUUUUCCUACUCCUACUAACGAAAAUAUUAUACUAUAGAACUUAACAUGCGCAAUUUUCGGGUUUUAGUAAAAAAACAAUCUGACAGACAAACCAAACAGAAAUGUGAGGCAGGCUUAUGGGCAGGUGAUCUGCAAUCAUGCACAUGGACUGGACAAGACCAUCUCGGUAAACGUCAAAACAACAGGGAUCCUGAGAGUUUGGAGAUGAAUAAGCUGCGUCAGAGUUUGCGCAGAAAGAAGCCAACCUACAUGCCCGAGGCCAGCCGACCACACCAGUGGCAGGCCGACGAAGAAGCCGUGCGCAAGGGCAAAUGCAGCUUCGCCGUCCGGUAUCUGGGUUUGGUGGAGGUGGAGGAGUCCAGAGGGAUGCACGUAUGUGAGGAGGCUGUGAAGAAACUGAAAGCGAGCGGGAAAAAAACGGUAAAAGCCAUGCUGUGGGUCUCGGCUGACGGUCUGAGAGUGGUGGACGACAAAACCAAGGACCUCAUCGUCGAUCAGACCAUUGAGAAGGUGUCCUUCUGUGCACCGGACCGCAACUACGACAAAGCCUUCUCGUACAUCUGCCGGGACGGAACCACUCGCCGCUGGAUGUGCCACUGCUUCAUGGCUCUGAAGGACUCGGGUGAGCGUCUGAGUCACGCAGUAGGGUGUGCAUUUGCUGCGUGUCUGGAGCGAAAGCAGCGGCGGGAGAAGGAGUGCGGAGUCACAGCUUCAUUCGACGCCACCCGCACGUCGUUUGUCCGCGAAGGCUCGUUCCGCGUGUCCUCGGCCGGCCAGCAGGGAGAGAGAGAGGACAUCAUGAAGCAGCUGCAGGACAAAAAGAAAGAAGUGUGCGCCAUCCCUGCAGUGCCACCAGGUAACGCCUCUCCUCCAGAAGGCGCUGCCACACAGGUAGAACGAGCCGAGGCAGGCGGGCCACACGUCAUCCCACGCCGUCACGCGCCCCUCGAGCAGCUUGUGCGCCAGGGCUCGUUUCGUGGUUUCCCUACGCUCAGCCAGAAAAACUCGCCUUUUAAACGCCAGCUGUCUUUGCGCCUGAACGAGCUGCCAUCCACUCUGCAGCGCAAAACUGACUUCCAGAGCAAGAACCCAGUUCCUGAGAUGGACCUGUCGGUGGCUGCUGAAGCAGACAGCAUCAAUGCGCUGUGCAGCCAAAUCAACAGCUCAUUCACCAAACCCUCGGAGGACCUCGGCGGUCAAACCACCAGCAACGGCAUGCCGGCGUGCAGCGUUCCUCCUGCCAUCCCUCCUCCACCUGUGCCUCAAGUUACCAGCUCGUGGGUCCAGGCGGAGUCCCCUGUUCAGUCUCCACCUUCAACCGGCCACAGACGCACACCAUCGGAAGCUGAACGUUGGCUGGAGGAAGUCUCCAAGGCAGUGAAAGCUCAGCAGCAGACUCCGCCCACCCUGCCACCACCACCUACCCAGCAGCCCCCACCAGUACCCAGUGUACCCAUAGCUCCAGGCUCUCUGCCCUCAUCCAUGCAGCCCUUCCCUAUGGCUUUUGACACCACUCCAGCUCCUGUCGGCCUGUACGGCCAGCCGCCGCUGCAGCCGGGCUAUGUCCCUAUGCAGCCCUACAUGCCUGCCGUUGCUAACAGCAUGACGUACCCCAAUGCCAGCAUGCCCGUGGUAGGUAUCACACCCUCACAGAUGGUCGCAAAUGUCUUCUGCAGCGCCACUGGUUCCUCAAGCGGAGGCGCUAUGGGGCCCAAGACCGGCACACUCUGUGGCGGUCCUUCGGGUUUUCCCAGCCUGGCCGGUGGCUUUGCUAGCGCUACAUUCAGCAACCAACCUGCCUCCCACGGGCUUGCACAAAACUCACUCACCUCCACCACCUCUGCAGCUUCCAGCAGCGUUACACAGAACGGCACCACGACGAGUGGGGGUGGUAGUACCAACAACUGGCCAAUGGAGAGUCUGCAGCAGUCCAAACUUCCAGCCGAUGUCCAGGAAGCAGAGCGCUUUGAGGCCAAGUGGGCAGCUCUGGAGUCCAAAUCACAACCCAAGGCCCCCAACCCUUUCUCCAACGAUUUACAAAAGACUUUUGAAAUUGAGCUAUAAUUGCACCUAUAUGAGCACCUGACAUAUAUAGACCCUGAAAUGACAAAUGAAAUCCCACAUCCUGUUGCUUUUGGCUUCUUUUUGUUCUCCACUUUUGUUCCUCUAACAUUUGCACCCGCUCCUCAAGAUCACUCCUGCUCUGUAGGCAACUAUCCAGUUUGCGUUUUGUCUCCUUCCAAAUGCUGGCAUAACACUCUUGGUCUGGGAACAUGACAAUAUCCUAGAACCCAACAUGCGUAGUCACUUACUUUUAAAGAAUGGAAAGACUUCUGGGGUUCAGGUUGUUCCUGCAAAUGGCCCCAUCAAGCCAAUCACAUGACCUUCGACAAAACCUGCAAAGGGAGCAAACGACCGAUUACGAUACGGCCAAAACGUAUUUAUUAAUUCCUCUGAUCGUGGAAAAAGAUUUUAACUCUAAUUUGUACUUAUUUGUCGUUUCCCUGUAUUUAUUUUACAUUAACCCUCUGUGGAAAAAGAUAUUCGCAUAUAAUUUUGGAGGACUGAGAAGCUGGGUCUCACUAGCCGAGAACAGAGGCUGCAUGAUCGGGAGACUCACGGAUGGAAGUUGCUAGUAAAUGAGAGUGUAAAUAGCAUGUUUUUUUUUUCUCACCUAUUAUUUAUCACCCUGUUUGUGAAUGCUAAUUAUUAUUCAUGCCCUGUGAGUCACAGCUGAAGCAUCAUAUCGGCAUCUUGCCAGCAACACAUGGACAUCAAUCUGAGAGGCUGAUUAUGCCGAUAAAUCGCUUAGCACAAGAGCUCAUUUCAAAUUGACAUCAGGGCCCCGGCAACGUAGUAAGGAGAAGAGUCUAAAAGCUGUAUGUAAGCGAUCGUGAGACAGAACAACGUACAAAGGUGCCUGUUUAGACUUGACCCUGAUUACACAGUCAGGACUCGCAGUAUGUUCGAAUAGUACAGCCUUGACGACCUGGAGCUACAUGAAAGCCUGGCGUUGUCGAUGAGGAGGUACGUACAUGUGAAAGUAUGUGAAAAAGAUCAUGCCGGUUAGUGCUAACAGGCUUAACACUAAAGGUGAAUGGAAUGUUGUUUUUCCUAUAAUUGGGAGGUAAAAUGCAAAGUGUACUGAAUUGUAAAAUUAUGAAGAAAACGCAAAAAGCCCUGACGUGAAAAUUCUCCGAAAUGGGAACGAUUUCUGAGAACGUUAGGGAUGAGUCGUGCUGGAGGGGUUGAACGUUGUGAUGGAUUGAGCUGUCCUGGAAUCAUGAACGUCGUCAUUUGAUAUGAUGCCCGCUCGUUCCUCCUAAUACGUUCUUUUAAUUCCGUUAUCAUAAUAAGAACAUACAUGUGUUUCCUGGCUUUUUCACUUUUUUUUUUUUUUUUUUCCAUUUUGAACUCUGGAAUCAUCCUGGAGAAUAAAUAAACAAACGUAAUAAUCAUAUAUCAAAGGCUAAAGUAUAUUCAGCGGUGGUGUACAUGCUCUGAACAAUACCGAUACCGCCCUAGCCAUCUAUUUGUCCGGGGAAAUCCUUCGUUCCAGUGCAUCAGACAUGUUGUGUAUUUUUAUACCGAUGCAGUUCUCACUCUGCAAUAAUGAUCCAUGCUUUCUGGUAGUUUUGUUAUUCUAAAGUGGUUUAAACGAACACCGAUCUCAGCGUUAGGUCCGUGGUGUGUUCAGUAAGAACAUGCUGAGUGAUUAGAUUUGAUCAGACUCCAGCGUCUGGAGUUUCUCAGUGAGUAGGAUAAAAGCUAGAUAUUCAAAGCCAGACUGCACACUGUGCUUUACAGAACACGGAUGUUAAUAAUAAUAAUGAAUAAUUAAUAAUAAUAAGGUACAGUAUAUUCACAAAUUGAUUCACUAAGACCAAACAGUUUGCACAAAUUUACUAUAUUUCCAUCCAACCAGUAAUCUACAGGGUUAACACACACAGAGCCUGUUCAGGCUGCACAAUGGGUUCUAUUUCAAUUUUCCCAAAGCGAAUGUGUUUGUAAUCUGGGGAAAUGUCCGAUCUAAACGAGCUUAUCCACGAUCUUGUGUAUAAAAGAUGCCGGGAUGAACCCAGGCUCUAGUCCGUGCGUCCCCACGAAAACCUAGAUCUCUUUUUGGAAACAAGGAAAGUAAAUUACCUCAUAUACUUUUGAUUGUAAACUGUAAUCUAGCGAUAAGAAAAACAGCGGAGUUUAUUUUUAAUCUUUAUUUACAGAGUUUUGUAUUUAAACCUGCAUAUUUGUAUUGUAAUUACAUUGUACAAAGACAAAUAAAUAAUAUAAUAUUAAGAGCCGUUAUGUUUGUCUCCUGUGUGUAAUUCUAGAUGGAUUCUGAGGUCCAUGGGAAUAAAUAAAGGAAAAUGACUCGAGCCAAGAAAACCAGAGUAAUGCCUAACUUUGAAGAGUAAUGAGAAGUAAGGAAUAUAACACACUGGGGCAUGUUGUUAUAAGAAAACAAUCAACAAUGGGAUUUUCUCUGAACGAUUUGCAGUAUUUAAUGCUUUAAAUACUUUCAACCAUUUAUUACAGACUCUAGAAUAUUAAUGUCCAUGAAGUUAAAAAAAAAACAAACCCAAACUUAUUGACUGUUACAAAGUGCUGACACUGGAGACUCCUUCCAUAAAUAUUUGAAAAUGGUCAACUUAUAGACAUUUGUCUUUGUUAAAUAAAGUGUUUUUAAUCUGUUUAUUUUUAACCUUAGAUUAUAUACUGUAGCUCGUCCAGCGUACAGAAAAUUCAUCAACACCAAUCCGGUUCGAGAAUUCAGUAGUGCUGUGGUAUGACAGAAUUUAACAUUCGUCCAUGUUUUGAAAGAAUGAUCAUGGGAGGUCAUGGGAAAAAUUUUUCUUCUUUUAGAAAAUCACAUUAGUAGGGCAGAAAAGAGUGUUCCCUUUCAGAGGGAAAUCGACGUUAUUUAUACCAUUUAGCAU